UGAGGGCCGCUGCUCACAUGACCGUCCCGCGCGGCUUCUUAAAGCGGGGAGCGAGCCAGUAGUGCCCAGUCCGCCUAGACAUGGCGAAGCUCGGAAGUUGGUUCUUGGUGCUGCUGCUUCGGUUCGGCUCCGCUCUCGCCUAUCAGGCGGAGGAGGAUACGGUGUAUGAGCCCGUGCAGUACUCUCCCUCCGGCUCCCUUUGGCCCUUACCCCAAAAGCUCCACAUCGGCCCCGAGCUUUACCGGCUAAGCGCCCUCACUUUUCAGAUCGUUCACUCGCCGCACUCCACCGCUGCUGUUGGCUGCUCGAUGCUGGACAACGCCUUCCGCAGGUAUUUCUACUACAUGUUCGGCAGCUCAGCCAGGAAAGAUACGCCAGGGCUGGCUGAUAGCGCCGGCGACACCGAGGAACUGCGUCAGCUGCAGGUCAUUAUUAUCGCCAGUGACCCUGAGUGCAACCAGCAUCCCAGCGUCACUUCCAAUGAAGCUUAUGAAAUCAGCGUUACUCAACCUGUAGCUACUCUGAAAUCACAAACCGUGUGGGGUGCACUGCGAGGACUAGAGACCUUCAGCCAGUUAGUCUAUGAAGAUGAAUAUGCAACUCAUCUCAUUAAUAAAACUGAGAUUUUUGAUGCUCCAAGAUUCGCUCACAGAGGAGUUUUACUUGAUACGUCUCGGCACUAUUUACCUCUUAAAGUAAUCCUUGAAACCUUGGAUGCUAUGUCAUUCAAUAAGUUUAAUGUUUUCCAUUGGCAUAUUGUGGAUGACCCAUCAUUCCCAUAUCAAAGUAUCACCUUUCCUGAGCUGAGUGCAGAGGGUGCAUACCAUCCAGUCACUCACAUUUAUACAUUAGCAGAUGUCAAAAUGAUUAUUGAGUAUGCACGUGAGAGGGGGAUUCGGGUCAUUCCAGAGUUUGACACUCCAGGGCACACACAGUCAUGGAAAGGCAUAAGAAACCUUCUCACUCCAUGUUAUAAUGGUGAAAAACCUACUGGAGCAUUUGGACCUAUAAAUCCCUCUUUAAAUACAACCUAUGACUUUUUGAAUCAAUUCUUUAAAGAGAUCAGCUUGGUGUUUCCAGAUGCUUAUAUCCAUUUGGGAGGAGAUGAAGUGAACUUUGAAUGCUGGAAAUCUAAUCCUGCCAUUACACAGUUCAUGCAAAAGCAAGGCUUUGGAAGUGAUUACAGAAAACUUGAAUCUUUCUAUAUCCAAAAUGUUCUGGAUAUUGUAGCAGCCAAUAUGAAAGGUUACAUGGUCUGGCAGGAAGUCUUUGAUAAUGGAGUGAAGAUUAAGCCAGACACUAUAGUUGAAGUGUGGAUGGAGAGAAAUAUGAAGGCAGAGUUAUCUAAAGUAACACUAGCUGGGUUCACAACCAUUCUUGCAGCACCCUGGUACUUAGAUUACAUUACCUAUGGACAGGACUGGCAAAAGUACUAUCGAGCUGAGCCUCUCCAAUUCAAUGGAACUACAGCACAGAAGAAGCUGGUGAUUGGAGGAGAGGCUUGUCUCUGGGGCGAAUAUGUGGAUGCAACCAAUCUUGCUUCACGAUUAUGGCCUCGGGCAAGUGCUGUUGGUGAGCGUCUUUGGAGCAGUGAAGAAACAACAGAUAUAAGUGAUGCAUACAACAGGCUAACCAAACAUCGCUGCCGCAUGGUCCGACGUGGGAUACGAGCUGAACCGUUGUUUGUUGGCUACUGUGAUUAUGAGUACAAAGUGUAACAAAGUUCAACCGAUCAAAUGAAUCUUCUGGAAAACAAAGUAGGGUGUCUACUUUGUAACACCGUACAAACCAAGAUAAAUUUAAAUGAAAAUUGAUUUUACACUGAAGUUAUAGAGAAUUGUUUGUUUUUAAACAAGAAUGAAUGUUUGAUUUUAUACAUAUAUAAAGAUUUGGAGGGAUUGUACCAUAAAUUUCAUUUUUUUUAUAUUUAGAAUUUUAUUGAUGACCUCUUCUAGAUCAUUUGGGUUUUAGUGCUGUAUCCAGCCAAUGGUGAAAAUGUAAUAAUGUCUUACUUUUAUCUUGCCAAAUUAAUCAAAUGUUUAAAAUAAUUUGAUACUUAGCCUUAAUUUUGAGCUUUUGUCACAUUUUUGAUUAUUUCUGGGCAAUAUUUCCUCUACAUUUGAAAAGGUGGUUCAUGUAUAACCCAACGAUGAUAAGGAUGUGCUGCCUUGAAAUUAAUUAAAUAUAAAUAAUAAAAGUUGACUAUGUCA